CCUCCCGGGGCUGCCAGCCAGGCCCGCGCCCCAGGGCCUACUCAGCCCCACGACGGCGCCCGCCGGCCUCAGCCUGGACGGGCAGCGGCAGAGGAGACGAGUCACAUCUCAGCGCUGCUCCCUCGAAUUUCUGGAAGAUGCAGUGGGAUGUGCCUCAGUGCAGAGAACCAAGCAUGCAUCUGGAUCACCAAGACACAAAGGCCUGAAGAAAACCCACUUCAUUAAGAACAUGAGGCAGUAUGACACGAAGAACAGCAGGAUUGUGCUCAUCUGUGCCAAGCGGUCCCUGUGUGCAGCCUUCUCAGUCCUGCCCUAUGGAGAGGGCCUACGGAUCAGUGACCUGAGGGUGGACAGCCAGAAGCAGAGGCACCCAUCCGGCGGCGUUUCUGUUUCUUCUGAGAUGGUCUUUGAGUUGGAAGGCGUUGAACUGGGAGCAGAUGGAAAGGUCGUGUCUUAUGCAAAGUUCCUGUACCCUACUAAUGCCCUGGUUACACACAAGAAUGACAACCAUGGCUUGCUGCCCCAGCCUCGGCCCAGCAUCCCCCGGGCUCCACCAGGUUCAAGACACAAACCUGUGCCUACCAAGUCAACACCGGCUGGCACAGAACUAGGAAACGAUGGGGGAGAUGCACUAGAAUACAACCCCAACCUCCUGGAUGACCCACAGUGGCCAUGUGGGAAGCACAAGCGGGUACUUAUCUUUGCUUCAUACAUGACCACGGUUAUAGAGUAUGUGAAGCCUGCAGACCUCAAAAAGGACAUGAACGAGACCUUCAGGGAGAAGUUCCCUCAUAUCAAACUGACAUUGAGCAAAAUUAGGAGUUUAAAACGGGAGAUGCGGAACCUGUCUGAAGAGUGCAGCUUGGAACCUGUGACCGUUUCCAUGGCCUACGUGUACUUUGAGAAGCUUGUGCUGCAGGGCAAGCUCAACAAACAGAACCGCAAACUGUGUGCUGGCGCCUGUGUUCUGCUGGCCGCCAAGAUCAGCAGUGACCUCCGCAAGAGCGAAGUAAAGCAGCUUAUUGACAAGCUGGAGGAAAGAUUCCGGUUCAACAGGAGAGAUCUCAUUGGAUUUGAGUUCACGGUGCUUGUGGCUCUGGAACUGGCCCUGUACCUCCCUGAGAACCAAGUGUUACCUCACUACAGACGCCUCACCCAGCAGUUCUAGCCCUGACAGUGCACCCUGCAGAGGCUGCUUGGUAGAAAGGCAUGUAGCUUGCUAGAACAGAGGCAACUAGUGUCCCAUCCCUCCUCCAAUACUGCAUUUGCCCCUCACAGCCCAAGGUGACUUUUCGUUUCCUUGGAAAGAGACACCGCUUUCAUUCAGAAGCACAACACACCUCAAGAUGCUUCUGAGAAUUUUCCUGGAGUAAAUGAACAGUGAGGCUUGCUUGGUUUUUCAUGUGCCUGAGACCAGUCUGGUUUACAUUGUGGUGAAUCCUGAGGUCCAGCCUUUGCAACCUAUCACAGAUGUGAGACCAUUCCUGUGGAGACCUAGGUGUCCAGACCUGAACAUGCUGAUAUUGCCAGCCACACUUACGCCAUCUCCUGAUACCCUGCCUCCUUUGCUGUCAAGGUAGAGGGGAAGGCAGGCACCUUGACCCAUUCUAAUUUUAUUUUUUUGGACAUUUGUCAAAGCAUCUGUCACUGUGAAACCCCUAUGCCAUCACAUAUACAGCAGGGCUUGGCCAAAACCACCCAGGCCUCUUGCCAGAAACUUUUGCCUGCAGCACUGGACCUUUAAGAGAACUGCUGACUUGAGGCUCUUAACUUUCCUAAGCAAUAUUGUGGUGCAGAAAAAGUAUUAUAAUUUGGGAUUUGGUCCUGUUAAGGUUUGCUGGUGUAACUCUGAAACCACACUUGACCUUCAGGCAGGAAGACACUGGCCCUGCCACCUCUAACAGCAACGGACAUGCCAUCUAGGUCAACUUGCCUGUACACCCACUGUGCCAUUGUCCCUUUGCUUUCUUUAGGACUGUUGGCCUUCCCCGUAACCUGGUGAUCCUGGUCACCAGCCUAGGCUCCCAUAGUAGAUACCAGACCUACUGCUAGCAACUGCUCAGCUUCACAGCCUCAGCACAUCCCCAGCAAUGCUAAUGCCUCUCAGGCCUGACACCAUCCAACCACCCGGGACCAGAGAAUCAGUAACAGCUUGAGCAUGAAGGAACCUUGCUCAGUGACAAACCAGUGUUUUAUUCUGACCAUGCUUAUGCUGGUAUAAGCAAACCCAUACCCCUAGAGCAUCUUGGGUGCAAGACAAUGGCCCUGCAAAAGUCAUCUUCAAGGUAGUCCCAUCAUUUAACUUCCUAGACACUGCUCCAACUUACAAGCUACCCUUGGAGGACAUACCCAGGCAGCUUCCUCUAGAUGUAUAGUUAAUGUUAAAGCUGGUGAACAGCAGUAACUUAAGCUUGUAUAUUUAUGUAGUUUAUAAGGUUUAUUAUUUACCAAGCUGGUCUGCUGGAAGUCCUCCCCUCCCUGUCCUCUUCAGUGAUGCCGAGAGCUGCUGCUGUGUGGUGUAAAGCACUGCUGCAACAAAACCAACCCUUAAACCAAAUGAUCCUGGCGACUGCGUCCAGAAACCCGAGCUAUAUCCGUGGUGUCCAGCUGGACUGCGACCCAAUGCCAUAGACCUGGUGCUGCGCCCUUAGCACCCAACAGUAGGCACAAGUGUUUGUGAGAGUAUCUGACCUCAGAAUGUCGUGUGUUGGGUAGGUUUUGAAUGGAUGGUGUAAAAAUGUUUUUGUUAAGUAAAACUUGGUUUUGCAACAUA